CUCAGCAGGAUUGACAUGAGAUGAAAGUCUAGACGGUUGAAUUCGCUGUGGGCUGAGCGGAGCCGGCAGAGCAGGAGCGCCUGUGGGCGGGGGGAGAGGAAGUGUGGUCGACAGGAGAGGAAUUUAAAGUCCCAUUGUUCUGGAGGAGCAGAGGCAGAGAGCACCAGAGGAGCCGAGGAGUCGAACCAACGACCACCGCCGGACGACAUGGACGUGAGCGCAGCCAUGGCACAGAUGUCUAUGAAGCAGACUGCAGGAGGUGCAGGAGGAGCAGGAGGUGCAGGAGGAGCAGGAGGAGCAGGAGGAGCAGGAGGUGCAGGAGGAGCAGGAGGAGCAGCAGCAGUGUGUCUCGUAUGUAAAGAGAGCUGCUCUGGAUUUCAGCCACAUUCUUGGAGGAAGGCCUGUAUGGCCUGCGGCUGCAGCACGGUCGACCACGCCCCCGGAGGUGACCUUGAGGAUGACCAGCGAAUGGGACGCCUGCUCGCAGACUCACCCUGCUCCCACUUGACAGCGAAGGUCAAGGGAGGUGGUGGCCUUCGCACGUACAAGAGGAACCGUAUGAUCGUGACAAAUCCGGUGGUGUCACGCAAAGACCCGACCUUCAGCACCACGACAUACGACUGGGCGCCGGCCGGCUUCAACCAGAAACUGGCCAUGACGUACAUGGAGCUAAUCCCGGAGAGUCUACGUCCGGUCUCGGGGACUGAUGGAGCGUUGCAGCGACGCCGGCAGCUCCUCAGCCAGCUCCCCGCCUACGACCAGGACCCCAUGAAGUGUCAGAGCCUGGCCAGUGAGGAGGAGAUUUCCUCCAUGCUGCUGUUUGUGCAGAAAUACAAACAGGAAGUGCUCGGAGUCGGAGAGGUGGCCAUACCUGGCGAGGGCGGAGCUCUGAGGGAAGCAGCCAACCAGAGGACAGCGAAGGAAGCGAAGGAUAAGAAAGACGGUCUGGAGCACCAGGACCACGGCUCGACCAGUAGCAGCGCUUCCUCUGCCACUGGUUCCAUCAACGGCACCGAUAACACCAAGACUGAUCAUCGGUGCUCUGGCUGCCACAGCGAGGUUGCCCCGGAGAGUCCAGCUGUUUAUGCUGAGCGUGCGGGUUACGAUGGCGCCCUGUGGCAUCCCAGCUGCUUCGUGUGUUCAGAGUGUGGCCAGGGAUUGGUGGACCUCGUCUACUUCUGGUCCAAUCAGAAGCUGCUCUGCGGACGGCACUACUGUCAGUCGGUUUGGCCGCGAUGCUCCGGAUGUGACGAGUUGAUCUUCUGCCAGACUCUCCAUAAAGCAAAAGAUGGACGGACAUGGCAUCUUCAUCACUGCUGCUGCUGGAAGUGUGGACAAGACCUGGAAACCCCGUGUCAGCACUGAGACACUCACACAGUUUGAUUCUCCCCGAUAUGAUGAAGCUCUGCUCGGAAACCGAAUGACAAUGUGACUCAGAUACAUUGAAGCAGACAAAAAGUAAAAGUAACAUUGUUUAUUAGCGGUUUUUAUAACAAGUUAUGAAUAAAUAAUGGAGAAUAAUUGGAUAAAAUGUCCACGUUUAUGACACUAGAGAUUUUGUUGACUCCAGAGUGUUUAAAGUACUUAGAGAAGGAGUUGGUAGAUUUAUUAGCACUUGGAGUUCUCACAGGGACGGGAACCAGAUGUUCUGUCUCAGACACAAACUGAAAGUCAGAGUAGCCACAGAAAACAAACGAGUCACAUGAAAUGAGACAUAUUAAUCAUAAACAAUAUGUCUUUUAAAAGGGAUAACAAAUCAUUUGAUUAGAUACAUUGUUAAACAAUUUUUACUUUAUGUCCAUUUGUAAAUUGUCAAUGUCAUUAUUAUCUUUUAUGGAGUCAAAAGAAAAAAAUUUUAAAGUUAAUUUAAAAACAAAAAGAUGGUUGUUGAUCAUAAUAAUAAAAAAACUCUUACUCUGUGUUUGCAAAAUUGUGGCUAACUGAGAGUUAUAUUGUUAUGUUAACAUUAAUGUCAGUGAAACAAAACCUAAAACCUAUAAACAAACUUGUAAAUGUUUUUUUGAAAUUUCUUUAAACUCCUUAAAUUUUAGGUUUGGGUUUGUGCAGCUUUGUGUUUCACGUAUUAACAUUUAUUUCAAGCAGAUAUAAUCGUAUUGUUUAGCUCUAACCUCAGAGAACUGGAUAUUUAAAUGGCUGGAAAAGACGUAACACUAAUUAGCAAUUAGCAAUAAUGGUAGCCUGCGUAGCUGAAUGUUUUUUUUUAUGUCAAGCAUCUGUUUUUAACUGACGUUUAAUGGUGUGUUGAACUAACAGAACAAAAAGUUUAAAAAGUUUGAUGUUAUGACCCAUUGAUAUAUAAUUUUCUUCAUAUUUAUUCAACAGUUCAAUGCGUUAUUUGAGUUAAACUGAAGACUUGUUUUAUCUUUCAUAUGGAUCUCUGCUGCUGCUUAAUGCUGCUUUAUUCAGGUUGUAUCACUCAUUGAGUUUCAUAUUCUAAACAAAGUUAUAAAAAUUAUAAUCUUACGAGUCAAUGAAGAGUGAGAAGAACGUACUGAGGGAAAUAGAAGUUUCUGGCCCAAAAAUAAUCCCUAAAAACAAGCAAGCCAGA